AAGGGCCCAGGGUGAGAUGCUACCUCUCAGGCUCAACCUCUCACCCCCGCCCCAAACCCUGAAACUGGUAGGGAGGCUUCUGGGUCUUUAGCCCACAGUCAGGCUGCAGGGGGCCCUGGUGGAACCCUGGUUCCCAGUCCCAGCCCCUCAUCCCAGCCCCUCUCUGAGGAGGAGGCGGGCAGCCGGAGCUUUGCAGCCAGAGCUCCUCAGCUCCCAGCUCGGGAGCCAGAUGUAACAUUGACCUUAAAUGGUAAAAGCUCCCCAGAGUGAAGAGAGGCUGGCCAGGGGAGGAAAGGGGAAUAACUCAGUUUUAGGUAAGUCAUCGCUAUAGCCUAGAAUAACGUGCCUCUUCAGUCCAGAGGGAAGCAGAGCAAGUCGCCUUCUCCUUAAAGCCUGCGGAGCCCAAGCCUCUUGGAGCAUCUUUGGGGCUGACACAGCGGAGGUUCCGGGCACGCACGGCCACUCCAGCCAGAGGGCUGCCAUGCCCCACAUUCCCGAGGAUGAGGAGCCCCCUGGAGAGCCACAGGCAGCCCAGAGCCCUGCCAGCCAAGACUCUCCCUCUGCAGGACCGUUUCUCAGCCCUCCCACAAUCAUCCUGACAGGGGAUGCUGGUUCACCCGAGGGAGAGACUGAAAAAAGCCUGGCCGACAGAGCUCCCAGUCCCCACCGGAGGCUUUCUCACCGAAACCUGAAGGUCUCUACUGCUUCACUGACUUCUGUGGACCCUGCGGGGCACAUCAUUGACCUGGUAAACGACCAACUGCCGGACAUCAGCAUCUCAGAGGAGGACAAGAAGAAAAAUCUGGCACUGCUGGAAGAAGCCAAGUUGGUGAGUGAACGAUUCCUGACCCGCCGCGGGAGGAAGUCAAGGAGCAGCCCUGGAGACUCCCCGUCAGCUGUUUCCCCAAACCUCAGUCCCGGAGCUUCUCCUGCACCCUCAAGGAGCUGCUCACUCACCACCCCACCAGGUCUCGAUGCAUGCAGUGACCCACAGUCCCCUCUGCCAGGAACACCACCACAGCAAAAGGGGGAUGCAGCCGACAUCUCCUCACUUCACCUCAGCGAGCCUAGCCCCAAAGGGCUAGCUGACUGGAAGCAGAAUGACCAGAGGAAAGUUUCUCAAGGCAGGCUGAUUCCUCGCUCUCCUACAGUGGAGAAGUCCAAAGAACUUGUAAUAGAACAAAAGGAAAACUUUGAUCCUCUCCAACACCCCGAUACUACACCCAAGAGCCCAGCUUCUGGAGCAAGCAUGAGUGGGAAAAUGGCCCUGAACAGCCCCCAGCCUGGCUCUGCUGAAAGUGAGCUGGGGAGGCAGCUCCUGAAGAUGGCCAGGGAAGGCAACCCUCUGCCCAGAAGUGCAGCCCAGAGUUCAGGAGGGGCAGCUCCCCCAGCUUCCCAGGGAAAAAGCUCUGCUGGAGAGCCUGUGGGAGCCAAGGCCAGCUGCAAAACUGAGUUGCGGCCCUCUGUGUCCCGACCCCCGCUGAUACGAGGGGUCUCUUGGGACAGUGGCCCCGAAGAACCUGGUCCGAGGCUGCAGAAAGUACUUGCCAAGCUGCCGCUGGCAGAUGAAGAGAAGCGGUUUCCAGGAAAAGCCAAGCUAGCCAAGGCACCUGGGCUCAAAGAUUUCCAGAUACAAGUACAGCCAGUCCGCAUGCAGAAACUGACCAAGCUCCGGGAGGAGCAUAUCCUGAUGAGGAACCAAAACCUGGUGGGGCUCAAGCUUCCCGAACUGAGCGAAGCCGUGGAACAGGACAAAGGGGCCUCUUCUGAACUCUCCCCAGCAACUGAGGAAGAAGAGUCAAAGAGUGGCCUCGAUGUGAUGCCCAAUAUUUCUGAUGUGCUGCUGCGUAAACUGCGGGUGCAUAAGUCUCUUCCUGGAAGUGCCCCUCCACUCACUGAAAAAGAAGUCGAGAACGUGUUUGUACAACUGUCGUUGGCCUUUAGAAAUGACAGCUACACCUUGGAGUCUAGAAUUAACCAGGCUGAAAGGGAACGCAACCUGACAGAAGAGAACACUGAGAAGGAACUGGAAAACUUCAAAGCUUCCAUUACGUCCUCAGCAUCCAUCUGGCACCACUGUGAGCACCGGGAGACCUAUCAGAAGCUGCUGGAAGACAUCGCAGUCCUGCACCGUCUGGCCGCCCGCCUCUCCAGCCGGGCUGAAGUGGUGGGGGCUGUCCGCCAGGAAAAGCGCAUGUCAAAGGCAACAGAGGUGAUGAUGCAGUACGUGGAGAAUCUAAAGAGGACGUAUGAGAAGGACCACGCAGAGCUCAUGGAGUUUAAGAAACUCGCAAACCAGAAUUCAAGCCGCACUUGUGGCCCUUCUGAAGAUGGCGUCCCCCGCACAGCACGGUCCAUGUCCCUCACAAUGGGAAAGAACAUGCCCCGCCGGAGGGUCAGCGUUGCUGUGGUUCCCAAGUUUAAUGCCCUGAACCUGCCUGGCCAACCUCCCAGCUCAUCACCCAUUCCCUCCUUACCAGUCCUGUCGGAAUCACCCAAUGGGAAAAGCAACACAUCCACCACCCCAGCACUGCCUGCACUUUUGGAAAAUGGAAAGACAAAUGGGGAGUCUGACUGUGAAGCCUGUGCCCCCGAGCCACUCCCGAGCUGCCUGGAGGAGAUGAGCCAAGAGACCAAGGUCAGGAUGGAGGAUGAAGCCUACAAUAAGGGAUACCAGGAAGGUCUAAAGAAGACCAAAGAACUUCAAGACCUAAAGGAGGAGGAGGAGGAACAGAAGACUGAGAAUCCUGAAGAACCAGAGGAGGUCGAAGAAGCUGAGGAUGAGGAGAAAGAGCAGAGAAGCAGUGGCCCAUCUUCAGUGUUUGCCAGGUUCCAAGAGGUCUGCACGAUGGCCAAGCACUUCAGCCUGGCAUUGCUUCUGGCCUGUAUCUGGACCACUAGUCUCCUGGUCCAAGGCACUGUCCAUGUACAAGAGCUUUCCACUUCGACACAAUGCAGAAUUAUGGGGGUCAUCCUUGUGAACAGAAAGGUAGAACUGAUGAAUUUCACGGAAGCCCAGAAGGCCUGUAAGCUGCUGGGACUGACUCUGGCCAGCAAAGACCAGGUAGAAGUGGCACAGAAGAUGGGCUAUGAGACUUGUAGCUACGGAUGGGUUGAAGAACAAAUUUCUGUCAUCCCCCGGAAUUCCUCAAAUCCCAAGUGUGGGAGGAAUGGGAAAGGCGUCCUGAUUUGGAAAGUUCCACCCAGCCAAAAGUUCCGAGUCUACUGUCACAAUUCAUCUGAUACCUGGGUUAACUCGUGCAUUCCGGAAAUCAUCACCACCUUUGAUCCAACGUUUGACAUUCAAACUGAAACACCAGGGACAGAGUCUACUGUCUGGGACAGCUCCUACUCAGUCUCAUCCCCUGACUCUACGACACGUGCGCCUCCUACCACUCGGGGUCCACCUUCUACCUCUUUUGCACGGAAGACAAAAAGGAUCUGUGUCACAGAAGUUUAUACAGAAACUAGCUCUGUGGCUACAGAAACAGCGCCAACUGUUGAAAGUGGAGCAGCGUUCACAAACGAAGCAUCUGGGUUUGGAGGUGUUCCCACGGCCCUGCUCGUGCUCGCCCUUCUCUUCUUUGGAGCUGCAGCUGUUCUGGCAGUUUGCUAUGUGAAAAGGUACGUGAAGGCCUUCCCUUUCACAAACAAGAGUCAGCAGAAGGAAAUGAUCGAAACCAAGGUGGUAAAGGAGGAGAAGACUGAUGACGCCAGCCCGAAUGAAUCAAAGAAAACUGACAAAAACUCAGAAGAGCCUAAGAGUACACCCAAAACUACGGUGCGAUGCCUAGAGGCGGAAGUUUAGAUGAGGAAGAGCUUAGAAGGCACACCUGAGGCUAGUUUCUUCUGGAUCCCGGCUUCAGGUGGAGAACAGUAAAAGGCCAAAGAAGCAAGUUCACUGCUGGUUCCUAACAGGAAAAACACUGUGGAGUUCUCUGAAGGGAGGCCUCUUCUGACAGUAAUCUUUCUGGACCCUACCUUCCUACCUCCAAAGCUUCCCACAGCCUCCCUAGCCUAUUUCCUGUAAUAGUCCAGUGACCACAAGGAGCUUUCAAAGCACCAGGCCCUAUAACACUCCUCAGUAUAUAUUCAUAAACAGGCCUCCAGGCUGUCUGAUACCAGGCAAGGUAAGAGCCAGGGUCCCUGAGACCUGGCCAGUCUCACAACCCAGAACCUUCUUGCAGCUCUGAAAGGGAAACAUUUAUACCAUCUGGGCAUGUCCCUUGGAGCCAGGCAGAAGUCAAAGGAAGAAAGGUAGGUAAAACAGCAAAAGGCCUUGGCAGACUGGAGAUGCACGCUGGGUUCAGGGAUUCUCUCAGCAACAUGAUUUGAAUCACUCUUUAGAUUGUGUACACACUUUCUUUUCUUUUUACUCUUGCUGCUGUUCUCUUUAGAUGAAUACACUUUUAUAAGAAAUUAAAAAGGAAGGGAAGGCUCGGGGUUUGGCUCAGUGGUAGAGCACUUGCCUGGUAUCACAAGGCCCUGGGUUCAGCUUCCAGCACCACCCCCCCGACUCAAAGAAACACAAAAAAAUACACUUCUGGUUUUACCUGAGCUACAGAAAUUAUUCCUGAGGAAAUGACUGUUAAAAGUACUAAGAUUCAAUAAGUAGUUGUCGAAUACCUGCUAUGUUUGAGGACCCCUUCCUGAAAUGCUUGGCACCAGCAGUGUUUCAGAUUUCAGACUGUGUGUGAAGUCUGGAAUACUUGCAUAUACAUAAUGAUACGUCUUGGACAUGGACUCCCAGUCUAAAUAUGAAAUUGAUUUAUGUCUCAUGUAUACUUUUCACACACAGCCUAGAGAUAAUUUCUUAAAAUAUAUUUGAUAACUUCACAGAUAAAGUUUCAUGGUGUGGAAUUUUCUACUUGGUGAGACAUCGUGCUGGCAUUCAGAGUUUCAGUUUUUGUAACGGUUCAGUUUCCAGAGUUUUGGAUUUAGAGAUGUUCAACCUAUAUGUGUCAGGUGCUAUGGAAGAUAUGACAUUUUGUAACUGAAUAUUAUUCAUUAGAAAGUUACAUAUCAUAGAGUGCUGUCUAAAGCUAUAAUUUUUUCUAGUUUUGGUAUCCCUAACUUAUCUUCUUCCAAACUAAUAUUUUGCUUAGACUAAUCCAUCCAUUUUCUCUAAGAUUCUCUAAGAUAACAACUAUUAUAACCUUAAUUUAUUAUUAACAUAUCUGAAAAGUAUGUUAUUACCUCUAUUAGCCAAAGCAUAUUUUUAAAUGCCAUUAACAAAUGCAUCACCAACCCUCAUUUUCUCAGUAAAAAGAACCUGAGAAGAAAUAUUUGUGCCUCAAUUAAAUAAAUAAAUAAAUAAAUAAAUAAAUAAAUAAAGCAUUUAGGAAACCCCUCUGGUUCUUUAUGUCCAUAGAAGCAUUGUGCCUCUUAUUCUAAAUUUAAGGUCUAAAUCAUAAUCUGUACUUAGCAAAAGUAAAAUGGACAAUUUUGGUUACAUAUGUAAAUCCAGCAGUAUAUGCCUCACCUUGUAAGGGUUGUCCUCCUUCAAAUGGUCUCAUUUAAGUUGGUAAGUGUCCAGUGUCGUGGGUUUAAUGUGGAAUGUCUCUUACAGGUUUAAGUCUUUGAACAUUUGAUCUCCAAAUGAUUGGGCUGUUUUGGGAGGUGGGCUUUCCUGGAGGAAUUAGGUCAGGGGUCAAAUCUUAUGGUUUUAUAGCCCAGUCCCACUUCCUGGUAAUUCUUCUCUUCCUGGUUCAUGGAGAUGUGAGUCAGCAGCCUGGCUUUCCAGCUGCCACAGGCUCCAGCUAGUCCACCACUACACCUUCCCACCAUGAUGAAGUGUACCUUCAGAUUGUGAACCAAAAUAAAGUUUUCCUGUCUUAA